GGCUGCCAAGGCUGCAAGGCUGGAAGCCAAGGGCAGAACUCAGGCCCAGAUCCUGGCGGAGGCUAACUGAAAGACAAACAGAGGACCUAUGAGGAGCCACAAGACAUUUCAGAUGUCGAAAUCUGUGCCCCUCCUGCGAAGACUAUUCACUUGGACCAGAGAUAAAAACAUGAGGGAACUCAGAGGUUUUAGUCCAUCCUACAGCUGAUGCAAGAUGCAACCCAUCCCAACCCUCCUGACCUCUCUACUGCUGCUGCCUCUGGUACUCCGAGGACAGCGUCAGAGCAUCAAGGAAAAGUCUGCUUCCAGCUAUAUGAAUGGCAGCCAGAUCGAGCCAAUACAUGAGCUUAUAAGAGGUGUGUCAGGCUCCAUGGAUAAAGAUGGCAUAUGCCAUUGUGUGGUUUACCUGCCCAACAACGCCAUCUACCUACAGCAGCUGGAACAACUACAGAAUACUGCCCAGGAGCUUAUGGGCAAGUAUGAGCAGGAGCUGUCCAGGGUCAGUGAGUAUGCACACGCCAUUGAAGAUCAGGAGAACCAGGUCCUGGAAAUGAACAGUACCCUGAAUUCCAGAAAUCCUACUUUCCUGGCUUCCUCCUAUGAGUUCCCAGCUUUCAACCUGCUGCGCCUGGAGCUGGAGGGAGCACAGGAGUUGGUGGCCCAGCUUAAGACUAACAGAAGAGUUAGUGGGGUCAGUGACCUCCUCCACGAACUCCAGAGCCAGGUGGCUAAUGCCAGCCUCACACUCAAGCUUCUGGCUGAGUCUGACCAGCGCAGCUUCCGUGCUCUCCGCCAGGAGGUAGAUGUCCUGGAAAGCCGGCUACAUGAGUGUGAGAGGGAGAAGGAGCAAGAAGAGACCUCCAUACAUCCUGACCCACCCCUGUCCCCAGGUUCUUGUGCCCAUGGAGGCCUCCAGAAAGUCAGCAGACCUCUCGUGGUGCAGCUUAAUUGGAGAGGCUUCUCUUAUAAGUCAGGUGCCUGGGGCCGAGAUUCGGCCCCCAGUCCCGCCUCUUCCCUCUUCUGGGUGGCCCCUCUGCGUGAAGAUGGCAGGUACUUUGACUACUACCGGCUGCACAAAUCCUAUGAUGACCUGGUACUGCUGAAGAACUAUGAGCAGUGGAAGAUGGGCUAUGGUGAUGGCAGUGGCAAUACUGUGUACAAGAACUUCAUGUACUUUAACUACUACGGCACAAGUGAAAUGGCCAAGGUGGACCUCUCCUCCAACAGCCUGGUUCUGCGGCGCCCAUUGCCUGGUGCCACCUACAACAACCGCUUCUCCUAUGCUGGUGUGCCCUGGAAAGACUUAGACUUUGCUGGUGAUGAGAAGGGGCUGUGGGUUCUCUAUGCCACUGAGGAGAGCAAGGGAAACCUGGUUGUGAGUCUCCUCAAUGCCAGCACCUUAGAAGUGGAGAAAACCUGGCACACCAGCCAGUAUAAGCCAGCUCUGUCAGGGGCGUUCAUGGCCUGUGGGGUGCUGUACGCCUUACGCUCACUGAGCACCCGCCAAGAGGAGAUCUUCUAUGCCUUUGAUACCACCACUGGGCAGGAGCACCAGCUGAGCAUCCUGCUGGAUAAGAUGCUGGAAACACUACAGGGCAUCAACUACUGCCCCUUAGAUCACAAGCUGUAUGUUUACAAUGAUGGCUAUCUGGUCAAUUAUGACCUCAGCUUCGUGACACUGAAGAGCAGGCCACCAGCCAAAAGACCCUCAGGCACUCAGGCUCCACCAAAAGCUGUCAAACACAACAAGGGCUCCAGGACCUGA